UGACGAAGACAUAAUUCGUGCCUUACGGACUGAGGUCGGUCGUGUGGCUCACGUAGGCACGAUCUGGUUUGCAUUCCUGUGAAUCCUCGUUCAUAUUCACCAUGUCCGCAGGUAAAAAGGGUAAGAAGAAGAAGGGAGUAACCCUUGAUCUUAUGUCCUUUUUGGCUGAUGGAAAGAGCAGUCCCAAUGUAGCGCUAAAAUCAACCAGCUGGGCAGAUGAUGUGGAGGAUGAUCAUGAAGGAUUCUCAUCUAGGAGUAACAAGGACCCAGUUAUUUUACCAACAGCUCCUAGGGCUGCGCGAGGUCCUGGAAUUGAUGAAGAGAAUAUUCCUACAAAUGGACCUUUUGUGGCUUACAUCAGCAAUCUACCAUAUGAUAUCGAUGAAUCUGAUCUUGUAGAAUUUUUCUCAGAAAUGAAGAUUUCUGGUAUGCGUUUGCCUAAAGAUGCAAGUAAAAGUAGGGGCUAUGGUUACGUUGAAUUUGAGGACCGGCCGAGUUUAAUCGACGCGUUGUCUAUGACGAACACAACGAUUAAAACAAGACGAGUAAGAAUUGAGGUAUCCAACAGCAGUAACGACGAACGUCGUGGUGGUCGGAUGGGCAGGGACAAUCGUAGGGAUAAUUACGAUGAUCCGGAACGUACAUCUGGUGAUUGGAGAAGCGGUCCACGCGAGGAGUUACUCGACGGAGACAGUUAUCGCAGCCGAUACGAUAACAGAGAUCGACGAGACGAUAGAGAAAGAUAUGACUAUGAUAACAAGCCUGGCGCAUGGCGUGAGAGAGAUAGUAGUGAUCGAGGAUCAGCAUUUAGGGAUCGAGGUGGCUUCAGGGACGAUGACAGAGACAGAGACAGGGACUGGAAUCGCUUUGGCGACCGUGACAGCAGAGACAGAGACGGAGGCAGCAGUUUCGGCUCUCGUCGUAAUUACGGAGAUUCCGAGUGGGAUCGCGAUCGUCGACAAGAUCGAUCAAGCUCAGAUGCAAAACCCGAGCCGCGAACGAGACCAAAAUUGCAACUUCAGCCACGCACGAAACCAAUGGAGCCGAUCGUAAUGGCGGAGGAGCAGGCAACACAGAGUUCGACAGAAUCGAAGUCAGCGAAAUCAGGGUCAGCACCAAGCUCCGAUAAGCCAACUUCGACUUCUGCGCCCGCGACCAACAUCUUCGGCGCGGCGAAACCUGUAGAUACGACCGCCAGAGAACGAGAAAUCGAGGAACGUCUCGCCAAGUCUUACGCGGAGUCAAGAUCCCGAGAGGAAACAGAUAACAAAGAGCGCUCCAGCAGAGAUGGCACUUGGGGCCGACGCAAUGGAGAAGGACGUGAAGACAAAGAUAAGGAGAGGGAUCGACCGGCUUGGAGGUCAGAGGAAGACAAGGAUGCUCGAAUCGAAAGAUCGGCAUCACGAUCUCAACUCACUUCUGCGCGUCCUGAACCGCAAAAUGAAUCCAAAGCAUCACCAGCUUCGCGUUCUGGACCAGCAGCUGCCAAAGCACUUCAGAAGCCUAGCGAAAAAGAUGCUCGUGCCCUAGAAAGGGAUCGCAAAGAUAAAGAGAAAGAUGAAAUCAACAGAAUGCCGAAAGCAAAGGAUGAACAAGCUCCAAAUUUUGUAGCUUCCAACAAAUAUUCCAUGCUACCUGAUGAUGUGGAUCCUGACAAUAUCGAUGAUUAGUCCUAAAGAUUCUAAUUUGCAUUGCCGAAUAAAUUGUGCCACAUGCAACACGAUUGGUCUAUAUAUGCAUAUUAUUAAUAAUUUGUUUUACCCUUACUAAAUACCGCAUGGAUUCAUCACGAACCAAGCGUUAACUUAACCCUUGGUAUUACUUUAUUGGAAUUAUUGUUGAUUUGUAUUUAAUCUAUUUUAUUAUUCUCAAUAUAACUCCAUCUACCUAUGUAUUUACUUUAUAGUUCUUUUUUGUUUUUUUGAAACGAAUUGUUAAAUCGCACUGUCGCAGAACCCUUUACGACUACAGAGCGAACGAUUGCAUCCUUUUGUACUUGAUUCUAAAGGUAUACCUUUAGAACCUAAAAAUUCUAAAGGAACACCUUUUAGAAUCUAGGAAUCGGGACUUUAUACAUCCUACUUAAUCUGCUGUACACAGUAAUUGUACGAUACGUGACUCGAUUACAUGUAAUAUAACAAUGCCAAUAUAUAGAAGGAAAUUAAAAGUAAUAAGUAUAUGGGAACACAAA